CUCCUCCAUCACAUCAACACCGCCAUCCGCCACCAGCUGAACUACACCAACACUUCACCACCACCGCCACAAACACCCCCAAACCCAUCACCCAAGAUGGCGAACGACCUCGACAACCUCGUCGACAUGGGCUUCGACCGCGAAAAAGCCUCCCUCGCCCUCAAAAAAUCCGGCAACCUCCCCUCCGCCAUCGACUGGCUCGACAAGAACGCCAACAAAUCCCUCUCGGAAAUGCAAGCCGACGACGCAGGCUACGAAGACGAAGCCGGCGCACCUGCCCUCUCCGCCGGCGAAAAAGCCGCCAGCAUGCUGUGCAACGAAUGCGGCAAAAAAUUCCGCAGCAUGGCACAAGCGCAAUUCCACGCCGAGAAAUCCGGGCACGUCGACUUUGCUGAAUCGACUGAGGAGAUUGCCCCGUUGACGGAAGAGGAGAAGAAGCAACGCUUGGAGGAGUUGAGGCAGAAGUUGGCGGAGAAGAGAGCGGGGCAGGCGAAUGAGGAUAAAUUGGCGAAUAAGCGGAACGAGGAGAUUAGGAGGAAACAUACGAAGGAACAUGAUGAUGCGAAAGAGCAACUCCAGCGGAAAGAGCAGAUUAAAGAAGCGAAUGCGAAGAAACAGGAGAAACUCGAUGAUUUGGCGGCGAAGAAGAGGAUCAAGGAUAAAAUCGAAGCGGACAAGGCGGCACGGAAAGCGAAGCAGGAGCAGGAUAAGGCGAUGCGUGAGAAUCCAGACGCCUACAACCCUGGCGCUCCACAAGCUCCUCCUGCUGGGCUUGCUGCACCCGCUGCUGCGAAAAAGGCAGGUCACACGGAGGCGAGACUAAAGUUGAUGACGGCGAACGGGCCAGUGACCAAGACAUUCGGGGCGGACACGACAUUGUUUGAGGUGGCGGAGGCGGUGGGCAAUGAGACGGGCCAGAAGCCGGUGGGGUUUGAGAGUACUUUCCCGAGGAAGACGUUUGGGUAUGACGACUUCAAUUUGACGGUCAAGGAGGCGGGGUUGGUGCCGAGUGCGGUGUUGAACUGUAAGUGA